AUGGAUGCAAUGAUGUGCAGGGCUUUCUUGAUAACCCUCUCUGGGUCUGCUCGGAGUUGGUAUCGGCAGCUUAAGCCAAAGACGAUUGGCUCCUUUGCGGAGCUUAGCAGAUUAUUUCUUACUCAGCUCAUCUCUCGUAAGAAGAGUCGGAAGCCGACUACUCAUUUGUUCACCCUCAGACAGGGGAACAAGGAGUCAUUGAAGGACUUUAUCGCCUGCUUCAAUGAAGAAGAGUUGUUAGUGGAUGACUACAAUAACAAGAUGACACUUUCUGCCAUGUUCAAUGGACUCAAAGAGGGAAAGUUCAUCUUCUCAAUUAGGAAGAAUCUACCUACUACUUUGGCAGAGCUCAUCAGCCGAGCUCAGAAAUACACCAAUGCCAAGGAGUUCUCCAACUCCUGUAAGAAUGUCCACAUUGCCAAGCAGUCAUCCAAGGAGAAGAGACCAAGGAAUGAAGAGCUUCAGUCAUCCAGCAAAAAGCCAGGCGAUCAUGCCUCUCCCGAUUGUCGACCGAGUAGGAGGCCCGAAAACAAGUUCCUCUCCUAUACUCCCCUCAACACAUCCCUGGAGCAGAUCCUGCUAGAUAUCAAGGGCCAGAGACUCUUGAACUGGACAGUUUGCUUGAAGACCGGGGCAGAUCAGCAAGACAAGUGCAAGUACUGCCGAUUCCAUCAUGACAAUAGUCACAAUACGAGCGACUGCGUGGAUCUCAAGGAUGAGAAGUUGACUUGA